AUGACAGUUCUUUUUAUCAGAUGAUCAAAAAUUGUCUUUAUGAGUGAUAUCGUGGAAAAAACCUUAGCCUCUUUUCCGAAAUUUCUUUCGGAGAGCCUUCUUGGAGGGAAUUGCAAGUCCAGCCAGAAUGCACCACCUCGGGGUUUUCAGAAUUUUAUUAAAAUGGUCAGCAGCAUUGGUUCGAAAUAUGAUGAGGAGCAGAUUGUCUGCAGAGAAAUGCAGAUGUUGCAGAAAGCUUUGUCACAACCAAAUAUUUCCACUCCUCAGCAAUGCGACUUCCUCAGCAGACUGGUGUUCUGUUGCAUGCUGGGAUACGAUGUGUCAUUUUGUCAUAUCCAUGCGGUGAAGCUGGCACAGAAAGGAACGGGCAUCAACAAGAGAAUAGGUUACAUGUCGGUCGCUUUGUUACUACAUGAAGAUCAUGAGAUGAUAGUUCUCCUUAUAAACACAAUACAGAAGGAUUUGAAGAGUAGCAACGUACUGGAUAACUACGUGGCUUUAACUGCGGCCAGUCAGCUAGUGAAUACAGAGUCUAUACCGCUGAUACUACCACUAGUGCUGGAGAAACUCAAACACCCAAGGGAACUGGUGAGAGCGAGGGCGGCCCAGUGUCUACACAGAAUGUUCAUACGGGCUCCAAGUCUGUUACAACAUCACCAGUCGACCAUACAAGUCUCUCUCUCUGACAGAGACCCCAGUGUUAUCAGUGCUGUACUUCACAUACUGUCACUCCUCAUACAGGAAAGUCCUGAAAAGCACCUGCCUCUUGGCGAGAGCUUCAUACAGAUACUACAACAAGUAAUAAACCGAACAUUUCCCGCUGUGUAUGAAUACCACAACAUCCCGUUACCAUGGAUGCAGAUUCAGCUGUUGAGAAUCCUGGGAUUACUGGGAUCCGUUUCUGAAAGUUUAAGUUGUCAGAUGCAGCCUCUCUUGUCUGAAGUUCUUAGGAGAAACAAAGUCCGAGAAAAUAUGGCGUAUGCUGUGUUAUACGAGUGUAUCAUCGCCAUUACGUCUAUGAAGCAGCCACACCCUGAUCUGCUGAAUGAAGUAUCAACGUGUGUGGCCCGCUUCUUAAAGUCACCCAGUCACAACUUGAGAUACCUUGGGAUAAAAGCUUUGACUGCGUUGAUAGGCGUGGACCCGGUGUACGCGACGAGCCACCAGCUGACCGUGGUGGAGUGUCUGGAUGAGGAGGACGAGGCUAUACAGAGAAAGACGCUGAUGUUACUACAAGGAAUAGCAAAUUCUGCCAAUGUACAAGCCAUCUGUGUCAAGUUACUGGAACAAGUGAACAAAUCUACCGAUAUCUACUUCAAGAUGGAGACCGCACACAGAAUUGCUCAACUUGUAGAAAAACUGUCGCCAGAUGUUCGUUGGUACAUAGAGACCAUGCACUCCGUCCUGUUGCACGUGUCAGACAGUCCGAAGAUUGACCAACUAACAGCAACUGUUAUCAAGUUCAUAGAAAACAGUUUUGAGCAGUUUGAUGAAACGUUUCAACUAUAUUUGUUGGUGAAAUAUCUGGGUUGUUUACAAGAGAAGACAACUCCGACACCUGUUCUCAAACUAGCUGUGUGGAUAAUAGGGAAGACGAGUCAAAACCUGAAGUCCGAAGAGUCAUCAAGAGUUGUCUCCCCGAUGGUUGACAUGUUAUCUCGGCCAGACCUAGAUGAAGAGUUGUGUACCUUGGUGUUUUCCGUGUUAAUGACAUUGGUGGUGCGGGAAGCAGUAUCCACGGACGACUGCUCCAGACUACUGAACUGUGAUAAUCUCCCUUUAAAGGCAGCUUACCUAAAACAGAAACUGAAAGAACUGAGACAACUCGUAAAGCUUUCCAUCAAGUUUCCAAGAUUACAAACGGGUCAUCAAGUGAAAACGAGGGAUUUUACAUUGUCUUUCCUUGAUGAUGAUGUUGCUAUGGCAAUUGAAAGUGGUGCAGCACCUUACAGGCCGAAGACAUUACGACAGCAAGAUGUGACAAACUCUCGUCUCUCAGAGGCUGUGUACGAGUCGGUUUACCAACAGAUAUCUCCAGCGAAGUCAAGCUCCACUCAACAUGGCAGUGUGGUGUUGUCCGAUCUGUCGGAGAAUUCUUUAAACUCCGAUAAAACAGAACAUCCAAGUCAAAGCAGAUCAACUGGUUUAAACCUGUCUGGUGUGCGUAGAGUGUGGGGACAGGAUGGUUUGAUAAGUGUUGAUGGACUGGAUGCUGAUGGGGACCGGAUAACAGGGUCGAAAUCAUCAACACAGGGAUCAGAUGGAGAUGAUAAAACGAAGGAAAAACACCAGUUGGCUCAGGCUCUGUUUGAAGGAGUUAGUACACAACAGGCAGCAGCUUCAUCUAAAAAAUCUUGGUUUACGGAAGAUUCUGUUCAGCUUGGAAGUGAUGACCAGUCUAAUUUGCCUAAGUGUGAUGAGUCCAAGUGGAGAGCAAUCCAUCAAGAACACCAGUCUGUUUCCAAGCAGGAGGAUAGCUUACCUAGUAACCAAUCGGCUGCUUCUGCCAUGUCACAUGACCAGAUGUCAGCCAAUGAAAUUUCUCCUGAGUUGAGUUCUGUGCAUCAGGAUCACCAUAGUUUCUCCUACCAUGACUGUUUGUAUGUUAACCAAUCAGUUGAUGUUGCUGUGUCACAUGACGAAAAGAACUUGUUGGCCAAUGAGAUUUCUUCUGUCUUGAGUGUUGUGAAUCAAGGGACAAACUGCCAAUGGGAACAAGGCUCUGACAAGACAUGUGACAGUGAGAGAAGGGAAGUGUGGGUGGAGGGCGGAGCUUCAGGUGUCGAGUGUACAGAUUCAGUCAAAGUGAGAAUCUCAGAAACACCAUCUCACAUAAACGACUCGGGAGAUGGACUUCACAGUCAUCACCAUUCAAGACAAAUGCAGGCAGAUUCUCUGUUAAGUGACCCAUCAACUGCUUUGUUUUCUGGUUUAGCCAGUCAACCAUCUGGGGAACCGGAAAACUCUUCGUUAAGUGACCCAUCAACUGCUUUGUUUUCUGGUUUAGCCAGUCAGCCAUCUGGGGAACCGGAAAACUCUUCGUUAAGUGACCCAUCAACUGCUUUGUUUUCUGGUUUAGCAAGUCAACCAUCUGGGGAACCGGAAAACUCUUCGUUAAGUGACCCAUCAACUGAUUUAUUUUCUGGUUUAGCUAGUAAACCAUCUGUGGAACAAAGCAAACUGUUGAUCAGAUACAUUUUAACAGAGAAAGAGAAGAUGGUGAAAUAAGAGAAAAUCUUACACCAACUCCCCGUGGAAGAGAUGUGAAGCCUAGUAUUUAUGAUGACUUUAUAUGUGAUGAAGUUUAGACCAGACUCACUGGUGUAGUGGUUAAAGACAUCAGACUUAAGUGUGUAGCCCAGUGGUAAAGCGCUCACCGGUCUGUCUAGGAUCGAUCCCGUCGGUGAGCCCAGUGGGCUAUUUCUCACUCCAGUCAGUGCACCACAACUGGUUUAUCAAAGGCAGUGGUAUGUGCUAUCCUGCCUGUGGGAUAGUACAUGUAAAAGAUCCCUUGCUACUAAUGGAAAAAUGACCAAAUGUUUAACAUGUAGUGGCCGAUCAGGAAUAAAGCAGUGUGCUCUAGUAAUGUCGUUAAACAAAACAAACUUUGUUUUGGUUAAUCAAUAAAUGCAUUGUAUUUAUCUGCUAAACACUGUUUUGGUGCACUUCCAAUUUUGAUAAGUGGAGGGUGGUGGUCUUAAUAACGAAUCUGUUUUAUUUUCCUAGUGUAAUAAGCUAUUUGUAUAGUACGUAUAUGUAAAGUAAAAAAAGAAGAAGAUUGUUUUCUUUAACAACACUACUAGAGCAAAUUGAUUUAUCAAUAAUUGGCUAUUGGAUGUCAAACAUCGGUAAUUUGACAUAUAAUCUCAUAGAGGAAA